AGUCGCUCACACACCCACAGAUUCACAUUCACACACACACACACACACACACAGUCGCUCACACACAUAUACAGUCUGCACAAAGCGUCAUUGAGCAAACUUGUGAGCUCCAGGAUUCCUUCUUCAUACACAGACGAACAGAAGGAAUGGAAGACAGCAGGGUCAUGAGAGGAGUGAAAUGAAAACUUCACUGAGGAAUCCGUCUAUCUCUCCAUCCAUCUAUCUCAGGGGAAGGUUACGGAGAGAAAGCAGUCCUUGUGUGCGGUCUCUGCCUGCGUGGACAAGAUGACUAGAUGCCUGCCUGAAUGGAAUGUAUGUGACCUUUGACCCGCUGCUUGUUCCCCGCGGCUAGCUGACAUUUAGCGUUGGUUGUGUGCGAGAAAACCCGUGUGCACCAAGAGUGGACAAUGGCCGCCUCCGCCACCGAGUUCGUCCUGGUCCUAUUCCCCUACGAUUACACCACCAAGGAUGGCAGGUCCAUCACCAUCCACCGUGACGACCGCUACAUCCUGGUCAACCGCACCAACAGCCACUGGUGGCAUGUACGCAAGGACCCCAGCACCAAGCCCUUCUACAUCCCGGCCCGCUACGUCCAAGUGCUGGAACCAAUCACUGACCCGCUAGCACCUCUAAACGCCCCGUCCAGCGGUACAGAAGGUGAAGAAACAGCGGCCAGAGUCGGUGCCGGUGCCCGAACCGCGUCGGAUCAGAACCAACCUGAGGGAGAGAUCGGGCCCUGUUGGUUGACCCCUACGGAGGAAAAGACGGAAUUGGAGUUGGCCCCCUCACUGAGGGAGCCAAAGGGUUUAUAUGAGACUACGCUAUCACUGAGGGAGCCAGAGGGUUUAUAUGAGACUACGCUAUGGUUGCCUGGCAUGCCCGAUGCUUCCUCAGAGCCUACGGACAACGGCUUAGACUCCUCACAGCGUCCGAAGAGGGAGGAGGAGGAGGAGGAGGAGGUGAAGGGCAGAGAGGACCACGGUAGAGGGCCCAGUUCUGGAUACACUGCAGCUGAGGAUGAGGAGGACGGCAGUACCUUCGCCAUACCUCCUUUAACUGAACCACCACAGCCCUUCCAGGACCUGAAGGACUAUUCACAUAAAGAUCCCACAGAGCCAAGACCAGACCUCCGCUUCGAGGCGAAGGCUGGCGCUCUACCGCCACAAGACGCUGGGAGUCACGACGUCUGGGAUCUUGUGGCGGACGGGGUGUACGAGAGCAUCGACAGCCUUGGGUUGGAGCCGGACAUUCAGGAGAUGGUGUCGGCCCCUGCUGAGCCGCGUGGGGAGACCCCUAUUACUGACACAAUGCCUGCAGUCCCUGAAAAGGACACAAACACAGAGGUCGCCAUGGAGAGCGUGCCGCCACCUGCAGCAGCAGAUGAGAGUACCGAGGAUGACACGGCGGUGUACGUGAACUUGCCCCCGUUCCGUCAGAGGCCCACGGACCUGCCGUUCGACUCCUCCGAGCCGUCCGGCGCGUCUCCCCCGCACCAGGCGUCCUCUCCGCCCUCCUCCUCGUCCCUGACCCCGUCCCCCGACGACCUCAAGCGCGACCUUCACGCCGCUGCUGCUGUGCCCGCUCCUCUCCCCGCCGCGCCGGACUCCGAGGGAUGGGAGGUGCACGUUGACGAGGGCAGCGGUCAGGAGUUCUAUUACCACCCGGACUCGGGAGAGACUACCUGGGACCGGCCCGCUACCAUGAUGAUGGACGCCGUCGCCGAGGACCUACCCGGCGCUGCGCGUCAGCGCUUGUCCCGCCCCACGUCCACCUCCACGCCCCCCUCGCCCUCCGUCCACUCGUCGCCCCCUGCUGGUCCGGCGCCCGGUCCGCCGCUGGCGGUGGCAUCGUCCGGCCCCCCUGGGUGGCGUGCGUCCGACUGGGAGCGCAUCGUGGACGAGGCCAGCGGACGGCCGUACUACUACAACCACGCGUCCGGCGAGACAUCCUGGGACCCGCCCAACGGGACGCACACACACACCUCGCCUAAAGCACAGCCCAGGGACGAUGGACCGCCCCCUCUCCCUGAAGAGGACUACCCAGCGGACGACGAGUACACGGCGUGUUUGGACGAGGACGACCCGGCGUCCGGCACCCGCCCGCCCGGCAUGCCCGCCCCCGUGCUCAGCCCCUCGGAGUACUCGCUAGCCCACGUCAAGAGGGCGGUCAUCCCUCGCGCGUGUCUGGACCGCAGCACGCCCGCCGGGUGGAACCUCCACAUCGACCCGGACGGCGCGUGGGUCUUCACCAGCGAGCACACACACGAGCAGUGGAUAAAGUCUUUGGAUGACCGAGGUCAGACGUACUACUAUCUGAGGGAUGGAUCCCGCUCACAGUGGAACCUUCCAGAGAAGUUCCAGCCCUCCCAUCGGAGAAACUUCUCGGACUAUGGCAGCGACAUGUCCAGCUCACCUGAGAUGCACUCUCAGGUAAUGCCUGAGAACCCAUACGCUCAGUCACAAGCACAGCAACACGCGGACUCCAAGCAGGAGAAGAGUUUGACUUACGGCAGCACAGACAGUUUGCCACCUGUUUUACCGAGCUUAGAGAAAGCCGGCAUCCUGAACAAAACAAAGGUGUCAGAAAACGGCAAAAAAGUCAGGAAGAACUGGGCACAAUCAUGGACGGUUCUCCACGGAGGAGUUCUAACGUUCCACAAAGACCCAAAGUCUGCCCCCGGCAGUACCUCAACGAAGAGCAAUCAGAUCCUCACGGAAGUCACCGUGGACCUGAGAGGGGCUUCGAUUGCCUCGGCUGGGAAGGAGAAAUCCAGCAAGAAGAAUGUUCUAGAGCUAAAGAGUCAGAACGGCUCAGAGUACCUGAUCCAGUACGACACAGAGAGCAUCAUCAACGACUGGCACAAAGUCAUCUAUGACACCAUCCGGCAACUGGAACAGGAACAGCAUCACUCAGAGGAGGAGGACGAUGUGUAUGAGAAAGUACCAGGUGUCGAUGACCGGCCACUCAGUGGCCAGGAAAAGAAACGUGUUGUUUCUAAGCAGAAUUUUACCAGCUCCGCCAGUUCCGCCAGCUCCACCAUGGAGGCUGACCAGAAGAAGGUCCGCACCAAACUCCGCAAGUUUCUCCUCAAAAGGCCCACACUACAGUCAGUCAAGGAGAAAGGCUACAUCCGAGAGAACGUGUUUGGCUGUCACCUGGCUAACCUGUGCGCUCAGGAGAGGACCACCGUGCCCAGCUUUGUAGAGAAGUGCAUACGGACUGUGGAGGAGAGAGGUUUGGGGAUGGAUGGGAUCUACAGGGUCAGUGGGAACCUGGCUACCAUUCAGAAGCUGCGCUACAAAGCCGACCACGAGGACAUCGACUUUGAGGAGUGCCACUGGGACAUCCAUGUGAUCACUGGGGCACUGAAGCUCUUCUUCAGGGAGCUACAGGAGCCCCUCUUCCCAUACAGCCACUUCAACAACUUCAUCGCUGGCAUCAAGAUCCAAGACUACCAUGAGAAAGUGUCGUACAUGUGUGAGCUGGUCAGAUCCCUCCCCGCUGCCAACCACGAUACCAUGGAAAUCCUUUUUAGGCAUUUACGCAAGGUGAUCGAGCACGGAGAGGAGAACCGCAUGUCGGUGCAGAAUGUGGCCAUCGUUUUCGGGCCCACGCUCCUCAAACCAGAGAUGGAGUCGGCCAACAUCACUAUGUUCAUGGUGUUCCAGAACCAGAUCGUCGAGUUUGUCCUCAACGAGUUCGAAACCCUCUUCUACUCAGGAUGACCCCAUCACCACCACCCAAUCCCCCUUCCUCACCCUUCACCUUACCGUAUUCGCUCAGCUAUGUGUAUAACACCCACCAAUCACUCACACAGCGUAAACAACACAAAUAGCACACCAUUGCAUUGUGGUUAGCCAGAAGGAAGGCAGGGCUAUAGACCCUUUCAACAAUAAAAACAAAAACAAUGCUUGAACGUUCUAUUUGGGCCCCAAUCUACUUCCUCUGCAUUAAGAUAACAUAUGGAAUGUUCAAAAGGAAGCCUUGUGGGGCCAACUAUGAUGCUGAUAAUGGAACUCUCUUGAAAGGGUCCAUAGCUACGAACUCUGAGUUCUUUCUAAGAAUGCCAUUCUCAGCCCCUUUUAUUUAUUUUUAAACUAAGCACACACAUGUUUCAGGCGUGGCUCAAGCCGUGUUGAAAACUAGAAAUAGGACCAACGCCUAUUUUUCACACGACACGCGAGCGUGUUGAAAGCGGUUCCAUUCAAAAGUGACGGUUAACAGAUGUUUUAAUACAUACUGCUGACUGGUCACAGCAGCGGCGCAUCAGAAGCAAUACACACACCGCGUUUGGGUCUGAAUGAGGCCUAAUGUGAAGAGAUUUUGGGCAGGGGCACUAUUGCUUACAAAAGCAUUCAGCUAUCUACAUCAGUCAUCCACAAUCCGUCAGUAAGAGAGUUUACAUUCAGUUUGUCAAUAGGGAACUCCACUGAGAACAUUAAACAUCAUAGCAAAAGUCAAAGGUCAUAUGAUACGAAUGUCAGAACAAAUUUCUCACAAUGACGUGCACAUGUUGUCCAUUCAGGCAGUUGAUGUGUUUGUGUUUGUGUUUGUCUUGUAGCUAACUUGACUUAAUAGCCCCAUCCGGCUAUUGGUUCCUUUCAGCAGUUCCAGUUGUUUAGUGAUCUGUGUCCAACAUUGUUGACCCAUUCAUAGUUAAUAGACUUCAUCUGGAUCACAGAUAGUCCAUUGCAUCUGCCAAUAAUUUAGGAACAUGUUAUUUAUGUGUUAGAUGGUUUUUAAAAUUGCCUUCCCGAAGAAUGUGUUUUUACUGUAACAUAGAGGUGUACAGAGUGAGCUGCUACUACCAUAGCCUUGCCAGUAAUGGCAAACGCCACAGGCACAGUUAUUCGGUCGCCAUUUUAAGCCACCAUUUUCUUUUUUUACAUGGAGGCACAAGAUUUUAGAGCCGUAACAAACUGCUGCAUUCUGCUAUGCGGUGAGACCAGAAUAUAGAUUUAUAAAGAAGAGAAACUAUGAAUAUAGCUGUUAUUUGUAAGCAUUAAUAUUAUGUAAAGACAUUCCAGUUAGGAGUUAAUGAAAAGAUUUGCCACUGUAAAUAUAUAUAGUAGAAUGGCAUAUUUAUGCUGUAAAAUACUCAGAAGAGCAAGUUAUUUGCUUAAAUAAAAACUGGUUUACACAUCA